CACAAUUCCAUUGUUUUCACUCAAAUAGAAAUUCUAAAUCAAGCAGGACUGAAAUCUUCAGGAUUAGCACUUUGUAGGAAGCUAUCCAAACCCCUCUGUACGAAUAUAUUCAUUCACUCACUGCAAUCAACAAACCCUGAGAGUUUUUUUCUUUGUAUCAGAAGUUUGAGAUUGGUUCAAAAUGAACACCUGCUUCAUCUUUCAUCGAGUUCACCAAAUGAGACCGUCCUCUUUCUCAGAGGAAGAGAGGCGUUGCUACAAAGCAGAGAAAAUGACGAUGAGACAGUUUAUGCUCAUGAAGAAACAGGACCAGGUUCCUGUGUGUUUAACUGUCGAGGACAUGAAGACCUGGCUGCUGGGGGGAAGAAGCUUCCUGGAAGAGUUUGAUGAAAUAACAGGGACGACAGAGCCAAGAACGCUCCUCAUGGCUGAACUGGCCUGGACCACAGCGAGGCGCUUCUGUCUCAGUCACAUGGAGAAAGAGCUCUUGGAAGAAUUGGAUAAAGAAGCGCACCUGUCACAGCUGUUCAGCAGGACGGUCACACUGGAGGGCAUUCACAUGUUGGUCUCAGUCGUCCACUCAGGAGCAGAGGAGGAAGUGGAAACCCUCCUCAAAUCCCUCUUCAGCAAGCUGCUGAAAACGUUUGCUGGAAUCCAGAUCGCCAGCGAUCCGCUCUCUGCAGAGGACACGAAACCAGCAGAGCUGGAGCUUGAGCACAGUGUUGCGCUCCUGGUACCACAGAUUGUGAAAACUGCUCUGAAGUUCCUCCUAGAGGAACCAGAGAACGAGAACAAGACUGAAGCUGCCGGUGUUGAGAUUGGCAGACUGUUGACCGAGUCAGCAGGUCCCUCCCUAGCUGGGUUUGGACCCUUUCCGAAUACCCUUUUGCUCUUGUUGUGCACUGCAGCGGCCAGGUGCAUGGUCAAAGCUGUGUACAAGAAACUUGAUGAGCGCUCCAAAACCUUCCAACUGAUGGACUACGACGACAGCUCGUACACUGCCAGAGAGAGCGUCGUCUUUGCCAUCAAGGCGAUGGAGGUUGCUGACGCCAGCGAAGCUCUCCUUGAGCUCAGGACCCCAGUGGAGCCAGAGGAGGACACAUCCUCGGUCAGCGGCUUGAUUGGGAGCUGUGUUUCUAUUAAUAAUAAUGAUGAUACUGUGGAAGAGGAAUCUGUGUCCUUCUUCAGUUUCAUCUGGAACAUGAUGACUUCCUGCUUCUGUUGUUGUACUAAAGAGUGAAUCACAACAAAAACACAACAAACAGUGUAAUAACCAUAUUAAUAGCAUUGAAUAAAACAUUCAUUUUAAAUGUAA